AAAAUCGUGAUUCCAAACAGACUCAAAUCAAAAGCGAGCACGAUUUUCAAGUAAACGUCUUCGCAUCGCCCAUGUGAGUCUAAAUCUUCUUUUAUUUGUCAUUUUUUGCAGAUCUCUUCGAUCAUCUCCUUUUUCGCUCUUAAUAUUGGAAACUCUGUGCUCUUUCUUUUUUUCUCGGGGGGGUAAUAAAAGCGAUGAAGCCAGGAGUUUCUACUUUAAAUCCAUAUGCAGCAGCAUAUGUACCGCUCUCCAAAAGAAAGGCAUGUGAUGGAACUGGGCCUACAACUAAUGAUUCUGAGACUGGCUUUGAGACUGACUGGUAUGUACAUCCUGCACAUGUAACACAGAACCAGCAUCAGAGCAAGGUUUCUCUGGCUUCUGUUGCUCAAGGUGUUGAAAAUGGUCCCAUUCCUGAACAGUCUAGUGUGAGGAACCACCCUGUUCAUGGUCAGUAUGGUUCAUCUUCAAGUAAGCAGAUUAUGGAUGAGGAAUAUGACAUGGAUUUGGCAUAUCUACAGAUGACAUUUCCUGGUUUAUCUGAUCAGUCCCUGGCUGAUGUUUAUAUGGCAAACAAGCUCGACUUGGAAGCCACUGUUGACAUGCUGACCCAACUUGAGGGAGAUCAUUUUGUAUUUAAUCUGCUUCAGUGUUUUAAAGAACUCAGAAAAUGUCCCUGCUUCAUGGGAAGUUUAACAAGAUUCAUCCCAAAGGCUGUGUUUGAAGCCGUUGAAUCAUCAGAAAAUCUACCAGAGUCUUUGGACAUUGGUGAUGUACCAGAAUCUGGCACAUCAUCUGAGUCUGCUUCUUUGAACCUAAAGAGUGUGGUAGGUGAAGCUAGUUCCUCUUCAUCUGGUUCCUCGGCUGUUGUCUCCUAAAUGAUUUUGCGUGAGACAAGUUCCAUGUGUUUCAUUCGGCUCCUUUUCUUCCUUUUGACCGCUUACAGAUUGUGGAUAUGAAGUAUGUGAGUAGAGGAAUCUUUCUUUCGAGGUUCUCAUCAUCAUACAUAUGUUUGGUUAUGGCUGUAUAGUUCCAGGGUGAUUGUGUCCUAAGCUUCUCUUCCCCUCUAGGUUUAAUAUUUGGUUAUAUGGGUCAAAAGCCCCUUAUGCAAUUAUAUUUCCAGAUUGCGGUUCUCAUCAAUCUAAUUGAUCUCUGAUUGUUGGUUUCAA